UUCAGUAGUAGUGGUGACGACGUCCAACGUUCCAUCGAGUUGUUAGAUCGAGUGCUCUCCGAAUUCGAUGAUGUGGAAAAUGCGAAUCAGGUUCAAAACAUUCAACAGAUUACUACUUCGACCUCAACGCCUCAACUCCGUCAUCACACCAGCAACAACCAUCAUCAUAACUCCACUGCUCCUAACAGUGGAGCAACGACAACCCCUGACGACGAGAGUCCUUCGUUGGGUGGUCACCAAUCGGAAGACGACGGAUACAUGAGUAUGAACGGUCGAAAAGCUAAAUUUAAUUUAUCUUUUAAACCUCUGGCGGAACAUCACGAAAAUCCCCCUCCGCCGAUACUGUCUCCACAUCAAUUAAGAUCGCCUACGACACCUGUUAGACCUGGAGAUCCGGACGACUUUCCGCCGCCCCCUGAGGAGGCGCAGAGAUUAAUAGCUACAUUAUUGCCUAAGGUUUCACCUACCCAUCGCGCUUCAAAAUCCCGCAGUGGUAGUGUUAAUUCCGUAACAGGAGGCAGUGGAGGUAGAAGCCACCGGUCUUUUCCUCUCACCCAGCUGCCUCCGCGUAUGGAUACUAUUCCACCCCCGCAACGGUUUCAAAAUGAUAAUAGUGCCGCUCCCAUCAUCAUCAACGGGUUGCCUCUAGAUCCCGUACAUACUGCCACGCAAACAACAUUGCCAAAAACGAAACAUCAACGUCCAUUUGGUUGGGAGAGCAACGAUUUUACAUUAAAUCCGCCGCCUCCUCCUCCUGGCUACCGUUUUGGAAGCUUGCCAUACAACCAUUGCGUCUACCCUAUUACCUCACCUACUAGGAUGCCUCCUAGAACUGUGCCUACAGCUGUAGAAAGACAUAGAGAAGUUAAGAGACACGGCAGUGAAGACAAUCUCUCUAGUGAUUUGGAUGAAACCCCAGCCUUACGACCACUUAGCGAGUUAGCAGACGAUGAACAUUUUUCCGAUGAUUCUUUAGAAGGAAUAUUACCUCCUCCACCACCACCUGCUUGUAAUAAAAGAGCCAGUAUUGCUUGGGAAGUACCCUUAGAUGAUGAAGCUCUGCUUACCCCAGGUAGCACCAAAGUUAUAGGUAGAAGAAGAAGGAAAUCAGGUUCUUAUUCUAGUACUAGCUCUAUACCCAAUAGACUAAAGGAACUGGAAGAUUGGCCAGAUCCACCACCUUGCACUACAGAAGAUGAAGUUACGUCACCAUUUUCAGAUUCCGAUGACCACAUGAUGUUACCAGCCGAAUUGAACAGUGCCAAUAUAUCUGGAAAUAGCACAUAUAUAAUAAGAAGGGGUAAUAAAGAACGAAAAUCACUCCAGGCUAUGGGCAGUUCGCUAACUUCAAAUUCGUCGUUAAAUUCCCGCUUAAGUUCAGAGCUAAGUAUACCAGCUAGUAGAUUUAGUGGUGAACUUAGUCAUCGCUUGAGUCGUGACCUUCAUACUCCGAGCUCUCGAUAUAGUGUAGAUCUCGGCACAUCGCAUUCAAGAUUAAGCAAUUCGCCUAAGUCAAGAUUAAGUUUAGACUUAAACAACUCAAGACUACUCAGUCAGGAAUUAAGUUCUUCUCCAUCGAGACAUAGCGUAGAGUUAUGUAGCAGUAGAUCCAGCACGCCAAGCAAGUACGAUCUCGAAUUGAGGAAACAUAGCACUACUUUUGAUAACAUAAAGUCGUUAGUAAGAGAAGGUGUUGUUCAAGAUCUUGUUUCCCCGAAAACUGAGACUGCCAAAGACUUUAGCCCAGUUAUAUCUCCCAUAGUCAGGGUGGUGUCCUUACCUAGUUUAAAUGCUGAAGAGUUUACUCCUAAACGUGAAUUAGAUGUAACUGUAGAAGAAGAGGAAGAAGUAGAAAGUUCCCAACCUAGCGCAGAGAUAUCGCCUUUGAGAAAAAUAGAGCAAAACAUUAGCGAGCUACUAGAAAGGAGAGACAUAGAAGUAAUUCAGAAUGAUCUGUUUGUGUUAAACGGCGUAGAUGGACUAGGUAGAGAGAAAAAAAGAGCUCCGUCUAAACCAACUAGGGAUUUCAGACACAGAAAUGAUUUGCAAAAGUCAAAUAGCCACAGUGAGAUCCAGAGAACGGAAGAAUAUUAUAGACAGCUUUUGAUUGAUGGUGGCAUUCCGUUUCCUAAGCGAAACGGCAUCCAAAAAUCUGAAAGCGCUAAAGAAAUGCUUAUAGCUCAUCGAGAACCGCGUCCACUUCCAACUUCAACUUCGGCUGAUUUUCCUGUGCGAGUGGAGGUUUUGCAGCAUGAAUUUCCUCCAUUACCUCCAUCGCCUGUGGAAGAAGACGAAGAUGAAUACACGGAAAUUUUACAUCCUGUACAUAAAAGCAGAGCCGACACGCUGCCCAAUAGUAACGAGCCGCCCGCAGUGCCUGCCCAUCGUGAACCGGGCUCCAAUAGUCUUAAGACUAGAUCUAUGGAUGUUAAUUAUAGUCGAGGUCGAAGGACCAAUUUCUUCACUUCAUCGAAUAGAAACAUUCCCUCAGAGCGUAGAACACUUCCGACGGAAUUACAGGAAAAACGAAGACCGUUCCAAAAGCGGGCCUCGCAACAAAGUCCACAGGAGGAACAUCAUCUACAAACGUCGUGCAGUUUACCAGAAACGCCAAUUUUUGCUAGAGGUUGUGAUAUACCGCGAACUCCUCACCGAAGAGCUCCAGACGUACCUGGUGGUAACCAAACUGCACCUAGGCAAAGCAAUACAAUAGGUAGCCUAAAUACAAUCGGAACCACAGUCUCCAGCGGCGGAUACCGUCGUGGCCUGUCACAAACAGGUCUCGAACAAGCAAUCGUUGGAGCGGAGCUCCUCCGUCUUGCUGGCGGACCUGGACGUGGUUGGUAUCCAAAACAAAGGCAUCGACGCCCCGCCUCGAUCGAACAUCUCGACAGGACCGCGAUGGGUCACAAUCCUUGGGAUUCGACGUCGAAUAGAAAACCGCAGACUUUACCGCCCAACUUAACUCCUAAGUUCUUCCAGAGAUCACCUCGAGAUGCUCUCAGAAGGGUUACCAGUUUGUUGAUUAAGAAAGGAAAUAAUGGCAAGGAUACGAAAAAGGAUAAGGAAGUAGUGUCACCGACUAUCCAUGAGAAUGCAAAUGGCGAAGAAGUUCAAAAGAAGAAAGGAUUCUUCAAGAAUUUCUGGAAACGGUCACGGCACUACUCUUUAGAGCAACAAUAG